ACACGCUUCUCAACCGUCGAACUGCCAGCAAGCGAUCGUCCAGGAGAUGCAACGCGAACGCGCGUAGGAACGCGAUGACGAUGGAUCUCCAGAGACUGAUCACUGAGGUACACGCUAGGCCCGCGAUCUGGGACCAGAAAAACGUCAACUAUCACAAUCGCGACGUCAUCCUGAAGAUGUGGCGAGAGAUCGCGAGGGCUUGCGAGGUCUCCACGGACGUCGCGAAAUCGAAAUGGAAGCAUUUACGAGACAAUUUCCGCAACGAAUUAAAGAAAACUUAUCGAGGAAAAUGCGAUGGUGGUGCUAAUGAGCACGACUCGAAAUGGGUUUGGUUCAAGAGCCUAUUCUUUCUACGAGAUCAAAUGAACUCGAGAGUGAUUGGAUGCACUCUUUCACAGAAUUGUUCGGCAGCCCUUCGAUCAUCGCCGGAAGAAACUCAAAUCGAGCCUCAAAUUGACAUUUUAGAAGGACACGAGGAAACUCAGUUCGAUGAUUUAGAUGGUGAUUCUUGCCAAUCUUUGCUCUCAAAUGACGAUGGCCUGCAUCAAGUUAUGCCUCCACCUAAAAUGAACAAGAUUGGUAGGAAAAGAAGUUUAAUGGAUGCAAUGGAAAACAAUUAUACCGAAGUCGAUCGAAAACGAUUCGAAUCUUUGCAAAAAAGGUUAAGCGUAUCGCAGGAGGAAGAAGAUGACACUUAUCAUUUUCUUAUGAGCGUUCGAAAUCCUCUUAAGAGUUUACCGCUCGAUAGACAGAUGUUUAUUAGGUUGAAAAUUCAAGAGCUCGUUUACAAUGAAAUCAACUUGCAGAAUCAGCAGAGUCGAACGUAUGAAGUUUCACAAGAUGUAAAACCUCCAAGAACAGGGAAUGUUAGCGGAGUAGUUGGAACUGGCGCCGGACUCGGAGGUGGCGAUGCUUGUCUCGGCGAAUCCAUACCUGGUGCCGAUACAAAUGGAGGCGGUAGUGGCGGUGGUGAUGGUGGUGGUGGUGAUGGUGGCGGUGUUGGAAGUAGUUUAGGGGGAGAGCAAACCGUUAACGAUAUGUCUAACCACCCUGCAUCAUUACUUCAGAAUUGCACGACAGAGGGCUCCAGCGAUGAUACCUUCUUCGGUUAAUUUAAUUUACUUUUUAAGAUGUAAGAAUUAUAAUUUUAUUAAUAGGAAAUAAACAAUGGUAUUUUUUCAGUA